CCCCAUCCUCCUCCUCCCCCAUCUCCACUCCCACAUCCCCGGGCAAACGCCACCACAGCUACCACCCACGUCCCCUGCAUAAUUACACACGCCAGCAUAUCACCCACGCACACUCUCUCUCUCGGUGUCUCGCACACACCCUGCUCCCGGCACACGCGAUCCACAUCCCCUCCUCAUUACGCACAGCAGAGUGUUGCCGCACACACGCCGGCAUAUACAACCCUCCAUGCUCGCUCGCUCUCACACAACACGGACAGACGCGCGCUCGGGCGGAGGCUGUUCCCGGUCGCGAAGGGUUCCCCGAGUUGAAGCGCCGCCUCUGCUGCUGCUGCUGCCUGCGCUGUCCGGUAGGUGACUCGGCGGCGAGGGUCACCUUGCGUCCCGCACAGAAGCCGCCUAGUCAAUUGGCAGCCGCGUGAGGAUGGUGGUCGGCGGGCUUCGGUGAGCAGCCCGUGGCCACCCACGGGGGACGCGCGGAGAACCUCCCCGUAGCGGCUCUCGAGGUGGACAUCCCGACUGCGCUGUUGCUUCACCCCGGAGUAUUUCUUGUAGACGGUCGCCGCGUGUGGAUUUAAAGGCGCCCACCUGAACCAUUUGCCAGGGGCUGUCUCUGGGUUUCGGCAUCUUAGGAAGGGCGUGCGGCUUUUUCCCCGUAGAGUCCGUCCGUCCGUCCGGGGACGAUUGCGCUGUGGCAACUGCAUCGAUCCCCUUGCACGGGUGGUGUUGUUCCAUGGCGAUAAGAUCGGAGGUGGCGACGUCGUCUCCUACCAGCGUCGGUGCUGAUUCAGCUCGGCCAGGAUCAGACGAAUAAUCACCUCCGCAAAGCGGCACAUUUAUAUCAUCGCUAACGUCAGCGGCAGAAAAUUUGUCAGCUUCACCGGCAGAAAGCUAUCACUUCCAUCACCGCCAGCACACGUAUUCCCUUCACUAGCAGCAACAUCCGUCACCAAAACCACCACCAGAGCCGCCACCACAAUCACAUCAUCCAUCCACACUCCCUCCUCCCGCGACACCUCCAUCGCAUCCCCCCCUCCCGCACCCCCCAACAAGCGCCGCCACCAUGCUGCAGUCCCUGGCCACGAGCUCGUGCGGGAGGAUUCUGGAGCAGCGGCGCUCGGCGUGUGUCUUCCUGGGCCUCCUGCUGGCCUACGUGGUCUACCUCGUGGUGGGCGCCGCCGUCUUCUCGGCGCUCGAGCGCCCGGCCGAGCAGGACCUGCGGGACGACCUGCGCAGCCUGCGCACCAAGUUCCUGGCGGACCACCCGUGCGUGCGCGACGCCGAGCUGGAGACCUUUCUCGAGAAGGUCAUGGGCGCCAGCAACUACGGCGUGUCGGUGCUCAACAACGCAUCCGGGCGCGUCAAUUGGGACUUCACGUCGGCGCUGUUCUUCGCCAGCACCGUGCUCACAACCACAGGUUACGGCCACACGGUGCCGCUGUCCGACGGCGGCAAGGCCUUCUGCAUCAUCUACUCGGUGGUGGGCAUCCCCUUCACGCUGCUGCUGCUCACGGCCGUGGUGCAGCGCCUCAUGGCGCUGGUGACGCGCCGGCCCAUCGCCUACAUGCAGCGGCGGCUGGGCGCAUCGCGGCAGCGCGUCGCCACCGCGCACGCCGUCGUGCUGGUCGUCGUCGUCAUCACCUGCUUCUUCUUCAUCCCGGCCGGCAUCUUCACGGCGCUCGAGACGAGCUGGAACUUCCUCGAGGCGUUCUACUUCUGCUUCAUCUCGCUCAGCACCAUCGGCCUGGGCGACUACGUGCCGGGCGAGGCCUACGGGCAGCACCUGCGCGAGCUUUACAAGUUCUGCGUCACCUGCUACCUGAUCAUCGGCCUGGUGGCCAUGCUGCUCAUGCUCGACACGGUGGGAGAGCUCUCCGAGAUCCGCUACCUCUCCGGCAUCUUCCACACGGGCGGUGCCGGGGGUGCCGGCGACGACGACGACGACGACCGCGUCGGCAUCGUGGACGGCGAGGAGCUCCCGGUGUCCACCGUCUCCGACCUCGCCGCCAACGGCGGCGGCGGCGGCGGCGAGAAGUCGAGCCAGCCGCUGGCGUUCAGCGGCCCCGCCUCCACCUACCACACCAUGGGCAACGGGCAGUGAGGGCCGCGAGGCCUCCACGAGGUCCCCCCCCCCCCACGGGGAAAGGGUUCCCCCGCUUGCGGCGUGCGCCAUCGCGGGGGGCGGUGGCGC